AUGAGACAAGAGAUUGAAGCAUUAGAGGAAAAUCAGACUUGGACUAUUGAAACUUUACCGAAAGGAAAAAAGGCUAUUGGAAGCAAAUGGGUUUAUAAGUUAAAGUUUCAUGCUGAUGGUACUCUUGAACGCUAUAAGGCACGUUUAGUUGUUCUUGGUAAUAAUCAGAUCGAAGGUGAGAACUUUAACGAGACUUUUGCUCCUGUUGCAAAAAUGACAUCGAUUCGUUCAUUUCUUCAAGUUGCGGUUUCUCGUAAUUGGGAGAUUCAUCAAAUGGAUGUUCAUAAUGCAUUUUUACAUGGAGACUUGGAGGAAGAAGUCUACAUGCGUUUACCAUCAGGUUUUAGAGGUUCCAAUAAAUCUAAAGUAUGCCGACUACGCAAGUCAUUGUAUGGCUUACGUCAAGCUCCGCGUUGUUGGUUUGCGAAGCUAUCUACGGCGUUAAAAGAGUAUGGUUUUACUCAAUCUAUUUCCGAUUACUCACUGUUCACGAAGGAAACUAGUUCAUCACGGCUUCAUGUCCUCGUUUAUGUUGAUGACCUUAUUAUUUCUGGAAGUUCUUUAGCAGUGAUCUCAGAAUUUAAGGAAUAUUUGAGCUCUUGUUUCCACAUGAAGGACUUAGGUAUUCUUAUAUACUUUCUGGGUUUAGAAGUUGCUCGUAGUCCUACUGGUAUCUAUCUUUCUCAAAGAAAGUAUGUGUUAGAUAUCCUUACUGAAACUGGGAUGCUUAUGGCAAAACCUUUAGCUUUUCCGAUGGAUCAAAACCAUCGCUUAGCCUUGGCAGAUCGCCCUACUAUCGAUGAUCCCACUGCUUAUAGACGUCUGGUUGGGCGGUUUAUUUACCUCGGAGUCACUAGACCUGAUCUCGCCUAUUCAGUUCAUAUACUUAGUCAGUUCAUGGAGGCUCCAAAACAAGCUCAUUGGGAUGCAGCUCUCCGUGUAGUUUGGUACUUAAAAGGUACUCCUGGCCAAGGUAUACUUCUACGAUCGGAUUCGCCCUUAUCUUUGAUUGCUUGGUGUGACUCAGACCACGGAGGUUGUCCUCGCACUCGUCGCUCUCUCACCGGUUGGUUUAUUCAGUUAGGCCAAUCCCCCAUUUCUUGGAAGACACAAAAACAGAGAGUUGUUUCUCUUUCAUCGGCAGAAGCAGAAUAUCGUUGUCUUUCGGAAACAGUUAAGGAGAUUUUGUGGUUAAAAGAGUUGUUACUUGAUCUCGGUGUUACACAUACAGGUCCUAUUCCGGUUUACUGUGAUAGUCUUGCUGCCAUUCAUCUUGCAGCUAAUCCAGUCUUUCAUGAAAGAACAAAACAUAUUGAAAAGAAUUGCCAUUUCAUUAGAGAUGAGAUAGUCCAAGGCACCAUCGUCACCCACCAUGUUCCUACACAAAAUCAGCUAGCUGACAUUUUUACUAAAGCUCUUGGACGAAAAGAGUUUACUUCGUUUCUUGGCAAGAAAACGGAGGUCGCGGAGAUGAAGAGCUUGCACGACGGCGAUGGAAACCAAGUCGUCUUCGAGAAGACGGAGAAAACGAUGUGUGGUGGCAGUGGGUGGACUCUCCAUUUAGCAGCGCCUGCCUUGCCGCAACGUUCUUCAGUGGCGGAGCCUUCAUCGUCGGGGCGAAUCAAGACGGCUGAGACGACAACGGUCGUGGUGAGUGGAGGAGGCAGCAUCGGCUGCGAGGCGACGGAGAUUGAGGCGGCGAGGCGGCGUUAG